AAAGAUUCCAAAAUCCACGAGUCCAACGUAUUGCACAAGUCGAAGGACUACCACUACAAGGCCGGAUUCACAAAACGACAACGAAUUCGGAAAAGAUUGCUGGGUACCUUCGACGAAAGAUACCGAAUGGACCGACAAUCCGGCAACGAAGAGCCGUCAUCGAAAAAUCCCGACUACCGACAAUACUUAACGUCAAGACUCAAGUGGUUCAAUGAAGCGACACAAGCUUAUAUGCAUCGUCAGGUGACCAAUCUACAAUUCGCCAAGUACAGAUCCACCCAAACCGCAAUGACUCAAAUGGCAAGAGAGAUUGUAGGCGAAGUGGACGUGGUUGGUCAUAAGUUAGAGGAAAAAAGCUGCCGAAUCGUAUUUAUGGGUAAUUGCUCAACUCCCGCCAACUCCACAAUACGAGGUCACCGACGUGCACCAACAGGUAAAAAGUUGUCACGCUACCUGCAACAGCGUCGUAACGUUAUCAUCAUAUCAACGCCAGAAACAAACUCCACCAAGAACUGCAGCAGAUGUUAUGAACCGUUGGACAAUGUCGAGUCAUCGAAAGAAAGGCUGAAAAUUUGCACAAAAUUUUGUACGCCUGCUCGAGAUUCCAUGCCAGCUCACCAUAUCACAACCUACACUUCGAAACGGUCGAUCAAACGUAAAAUGAAGAAGGUGGGCACGAAACCUUCACAGUCUGAACGAAAGUCACGUGUUUCAAUGAAUCGUAUAGACCGGUGGAGUAUCGACGACAAGAUCAGAAUUGCCAAACGGUUAACCCUCAAAAGAACCAUUUACGUUGGUCCGAUUCCCGCCAGACACAAUAUACUAUGGAAUCGAGACAUCAAUGCCGCCAGAAACAUUGGAUACUUGGGACUGUGCCGUUAUGGAAAGUUCAUCGACUCAUCGUUGAACACAACAGAGAACACUGCGUUCUCACGAAGUACGUGAAUGGCCGACGAUUUAAAGCGUGCGGUUGAGACACAAAAUAUGCUGUGUACAUUCUUUUGAAAGUCGCU